CAGUCUUUCUUGUUCAGUUUGGCGUCGUCUGCCUGCUAGUCAUUACACUAUUUAAUUUAGUGUAAGAAAGAAAGGGAGAAAAAGAGAGAGAGAGAGGAAUUUCCGGUGUGUGUGCGAUCAUUUUCAGAGAGAACUACGUGUAAUUGUAGCGUCUCUUCCAUAAUAUCAAUAAAUUAGAAAAAAUGGCCGAUAACGACGAUCUUUUGGAUUACGAGGAUGAGGAACAAACCGAGCAGGUUGUCGAUGGAAGUGGUGAUGCUCCUGCCAAGAAGGAAGUUAAAGGUACAUAUGUGUCAAUCCAUAGCAGUGGAUUCAGAGACUUCCUUCUUAAGCCGGAAAUCCUGCGAGCCAUCGUCGAUUGCGGCUUUGAACAUCCUUCUGAAGUUCAACACGAAUGCAUUCCACAGGCAGUGCUUGGCAUGGAUAUUCUUUGCCAAGCAAAAUCCGGUAUGGGAAAAACUGCCGUGUUUGUUCUCGCGACACUUCAACAACUUGAACUCACAGAAAAUCAAGUCUAUGUACUUGUAAUGUGUCACACGCGAGAACUUGCAUUCCAAAUUAGCAAAGAGUACGAGAGGUUCAGUAAAUACAUGCCCCAAGUUAAGGUGGCUGUAUUCUUUGGAGGUUUGCCUAUUCAGAAGGAUGAGGAGGUUUUGAAAAGUUCUUGUCCUCACAUCGUAGUCGGAACACCAGGUCGUAUUUUGGCGCUAGUCCGGAGCAAGAAACUCAAUUUGAAGCAUUUGAAACACUUUAUUCUGGACGAAUGUGACAAAAUGCUCGAACUAUUAGAUAUGCGAAGAGACGUACAAGAAAUAUUCCGAAGUACACCACAUGGCAAACAAGUGAUGAUGUUCAGCGCCACUUUAUCAAAGGACAUACGACCAGUCUGCAAGAAAUUCAUGCAAGAUCCCAUGGAAGUCUACGUGGAUGAUGAAGCGAAACUCACAUUACAUGGUUUGCAGCAGCAUUACGUGAAAUUGAAAGAAAACGAGAAGAACAAAAAAUUAUUUGAACUUCUCGAUGUUCUUGAAUUCAAUCAGGUUGUGAUUUUUGUUAAAUCCGUACAAAGGUGUAUGGCAUUGGCGACGCUAUUGACCGAUCAAAAUUUCCCGGCUAUUGGAAUUCAUCGUGGAAUGACGCAAGAAGAAAGAUUAUCACGUUACCAGCAGUUCAAGGAUUUUCAAAAGAGAAUUUUAGUGGCAACAAAUUUAUUCGGCAGAGGAAUGGAUAUUGAACGAGUAAAUAUUGUCUUCAAUUACGACAUGCCUGAAGAUUCAGAUACUUAUUUACAUAGAGUAGCAAGAGCUGGACGUUUCGGCACAAAGGGUUUAGCCAUUACUUUCGUGAGUGACGAGAGUGACGCCAAAAUUUUGAACGAUGUUCAAGAACGAUUUGACGUAAAUAUUACGGAAUUACCUGAUGAAAUUGAUCUCGCCUCUUAUAUUGAGGGACGGUAGAUUUUAAGCACCUUGAAAUUACAAUUAAUCAAGAAGAAUAUUCCAUUGAAUGUUGAAAUUGGAACUUGAGAAUUCUCGUCGUAUGUAAAGGACUAAAAUGGAAACUCAUCAUUUUUAUAUUCUGCAAUCGACUCUCGUUUAUGAAGUAAUAUUUUUUAAGAGUGACUUGUGAAGUUUAAUUACAAUAAUUAAGGAAAAGCAGAAAAUUCAAUUCCUUUUUUUUAUCAUUAUUAUUGUAUUAACGUCAAAAAAGAAAACAUUUAAAUUGAAUUAAAUGAGAAUAUUGUUCCUUUAGUAUUAAAAAAAAAAAUAACACACACACACAAACACAAAACUAAAUAAACGGUAAAUUCUAAAAUCUAGAAGUUACCGCAUGAAUUUUGAAACUUUGUAGUACGUAAUGUAGUUGUAUGUAAUAUCUACAAUACAGUACAAAAAAAAUGUGGUAAAAGAAACAAGGAAAAAAAACUCGUAUUUUGAUAACAA